AAACAGUUUCCACAUACUCAAACAACAUGGUUCCAUCACCAACGUUAACCCUCUCCAAAGUGUUUCUGUCUCUUGUUCUCCUUUUCUUCGCGUCACUUUCUUCUUCCUAUGCAACUUCUCGUCUCACCCAUGACCCUGUAAACUCACAUCAAUCACCAGCACAAAAGCUCAUAAGAAGCUUCAACCUUUCCCCAAAGGACCCAGUAAACAUUCUCAAAGGUGACGGUGAAGGUUUUGUUUCAGGGAAGAUCGUGGAGAAGAAGUUCUCGUUUUUCGGUGAUUCUGGACCUUCUAUUGAAGAUCUUGGUCACCAUGCAGGUUACUAUUCACUUCCCAGUUCCAAAGCUGCAAGGAUGUUCUACUUUUUCUUUGAGUCAAGGAAAAGCAAGGAUGAUCCCGUUGUGAUAUGGUUAACUGGAGGACCAGGUUGUGGCAGUGAAUUGGCUUUGUUUUAUGAGAAUGGCCCUUUUCAUAUUACCAAUAAUUUGUCUCUUUCAUGGAAUGAUUAUGGUUGGGAUCAGGCAUCAAACAUUUUAUUUGUUGACCAACCUACGGGUACAGGGUUUAGUUACACUUUUGAUGACAGUGACAUUCGUCAUGAUGAAACUGGCGUUAGCAAUGAUUUAUAUAACUUUUUGCAGGAGUUUUUCAAGGCACAUCCUGAGUUCAUUAAGAAUGACUUUUAUAUAACUGGGGAAUCAUAUGCUGGACACUAUGUUCCUGCUCUUGCAUCCCGUGUUAACCAAGGAAACAAAGAAAAUCAAGGAAUUCAUAUAAACCUUAAGGGUUUUGCAAUUGGUAAUGGGUUAACAAAUCCUGCAAUUCAGUACCAAGCAUACCCAGAUUUUGCAUUAGAUAAUGGAAUUAUCACAAAGGCUGAUCAUGAUGAUAUAAGCAAGUCAAUUCCUGAAUGUGAACAAGCUGCUAAAACUUGCGAAACUCAAGGUGGAAAAAGUUGUGAUAAUGCAUUGAAUACUUGUAAUAACAUAUUCGACAGUAUAUUGUCCAUUGCCGGGGGCAUUAACUACUAUGACAUCAGAAAAAAGUGUGUGGGGGAACUGUGCUAUGAUUUCAGCGACUUGGAGAAGCUGCUAAACCUGCCGAAAGUGAAGAGUGCUUUAGGUGUGGGGGGUGACUUGAAGUUUGUUUCAUGCAGUUCAACAGUGUACAAUGCUAUGCUUCAAGAUUGGAUGAAAAAUCUUGAAGUGGGGAUUCCUACUCUUCUUGAAGAAGGAAUCAAGGUACUUGUGUAUGCAGGGGAAAAAGAUCUCAUAUGCAACUGGUUAGGAAACUCAAGGUGGGUUCAUGCAAUGCAGUGGUCAGGCCAAAAGGCGUUUGGAACAUCUCCUACAGUGAAAUUUGUUGUUGAUGGUGUAGAUGCAGGGUCUUUGAACAGCUAUGGACCUCUCUCUUUUCUCAAGGUAUAUGAGGCUGGGCAUUUGGUUCCCAUGGAUCAACCAAAAGCUGCACUUGAGAUGUUUAAAAGCUGGAUUGGAGGGAAACUGAACACUCAAAGAGAUAAUUAAUCUAUGUAGUCUUGUCAGAACCAAACACAUGAAUAUAUAGUCAUCAAAAUCAUUGUGUAAAUGACUUCGGGGUAUAAAUAAUAUUUGGAUUAUGGUAUUUAUAUUUUUUUUUUCGAAA